AUGUUCCUGCCGGAGUUCGCGAGUUUUGUAGCCGCCAUCUUGUUUGCUGUUCAUCCUAUUCACACUGAGGCGGUGACGGGUGUGGUUGGCCGCGCAGAGAUGUUAUCAUCACUAUUCUUCCUCGGCGCGCUUCUGUGCUACGCGCGCGCCUCACAACGGAGAAGAUACACAGACUGGCGCUACGUGGUAGCGUGUACAGCAUGCGUUGGGGUGGCCAUGUUGUGUAAGGAGCAAGGUAUCACGGUGACCGGCGUGUGCGUCGUCUACGAACUCUUCGUAGCUCAAAAACGUCGAAGUUCAGGAGGUGUGAGUCGCUGGUCGUGGGUCGACGCCUGGGGCAAAGGCUCUGGUUGGGGAUGUGCAUGCGGCGAAGCUGCACGCAGGGUUGCCACUGUAUGCUGCGCCACGCUUGCUUUACUAGCUGCACGACUCCACGUCAUGGGCGCGCAGUUGCCAGUUUUCACGAGAUUCGACAACCCUGCUGGAGCUGCACCCCCGCCUGCGAGACAUCUAACCUUCGCCUACCUACCAGCUCUGAAUGCCUGGUUACUGACCCUACCUGAAGCCUUAUGCUGUGACUGGACAAUGGGCACCGUAGCACUACUCAAGUGUUGGCGUGACCCUCGCAACAUCGCUACUUUGACGCUCUUCAUCAUCAUCGUGGCAGCCACCAUACACGCUUUGAGGACAAGAUCUUCUGCUCUUUCUAUGGGUCUAGCACUUCUCGUGCUACCAUUUCUGCCAGCAUCAAACUUAUUCUUCCCCGUGGGCUUCGUGGUAGCUGAGCGGGUUCUGUACAUGCCUUCCAUGGGCUGGUGCCUCCUCGUGGCCCACGGCUGGCGACUUCUUGCUAAGAGACGAGCAAAACUCGCCGCCAGCGCCCUCAUAUUUCUCCUCCUAGCAUUCAGCGCUAAAACUUACAUGAGGAAUUGGGAUUGGAAGACUGAGUAUUCAAUAUUUGCUUCAGGACUGAAGGUUAACCGCAACAACGCCAAAUUGUACAAUAACGUAGGGCAUGCCUUAGAAGCCGAAGGAAAAUACGCAGAAGCACUAGAGUUCUUCAACACAGCAGUCAGUGUACAACCUGAUGAUGUCGGAGCCCACAUCAAUGUUGGCAGGACCUACAAUCAUCUAGGAAGAUACCAAGAAGCUGAAGACGCUUACGUUAAAGCCAAAUCUCUUCUUCCGAAAGCCAAACCUGGAGAAUCAUACCAAGCAAGAAUAGCCCCUAACCACUUAAAUGUGUUCCUGAAUCUUGCCAACUUGAUCUCGAAGAACGCAACAAGAUUAGAAGAAGCAGACAUGCUGUACAGACAAGCUAUAAGCAUGCGAGCGGACUAUACUCAGGCCUACAUAAAUAGAGGAGAUAUUUUAAUCAAAUUAAAUAGGACGAAGGAGGCACAGGAGGUCUAUGAAAGGGCUUUGCUGUAUGACAGCGGGAACCCGGACAUUUACUAUAACUUGGGAGUAGUCCUCUUAGAACAAGGCAAACCUUCCCAAGCUCUAGCGUACUUAGACAAAGCCUUGGAGUUGGAACCGGAGCACGAACAAGCACUCCUCAACUCUGCGAUACUCCUACAAGAACUUGGGGCUGCAGACCUGAGACACCUGGCGAGACAGCGGCUACUCAAACUACUCGAUAAAGAUGCAACAAACGAGCGAGUACACUUCAACCUUGGAAUGGUGUGUAUGGAUGAAGGGGACGCGGAAUGUGCAGAGCGAUGGUUCCGGGCAGCUGUCCACCUCAAGCCAGACUUUAGAUCUGCACUCUUCAACCUGGCAUUACUACUAGCUGAUAGACGGAGGCCAUUGGAAGCUGCCCCCUUCCUGAAGCAGUUAGUCAGACAUCAUCCCGACCACGUGAAGGCGUUGGUGCUUCUUGGAGACAUCUACAUCAAUUCUGUCAAAGACUUAGAUGCUGCUGAGAGUUGUUACCGGCGCAUCCUGGAGCUGGAGGCGGACAACGUGCAGGCGCUGCACAACCUGUGCGUGGUGGCGGUGGAGCGCGGCCGGCUGGCGGCGGCCGAGACGUGCCUGGCGCGCGCCGCGCAGCUGGCGCCGCACGAGCACUACAUCCAGCGCCACCUGGCGGUCGUCCGCGCGCGCCGCGCCGCCGCCGCCGGGCCCGCGCCGCCCGCCAGCGCGCCGCCCAGCGCCGCCAGCGCCACCACCGAGGUCCGCGCCCGGUGGAACUACAUCCCCCAGCAGCCCCCCGACCCGCACGAGGCCGACGACUCAUAGCCGACCGCGCUGUACUAGACACCGACCCCGAUACGACAUGUAAAUAACAUUUCGCUUAGGAAUAUCUUCUUUGAACACCAAACUGAACGAACGGCCAGUCGCGGUUUAUCUGCCUAUCGAUUAUUUUUAUAAUUUCUUCGAACAAUCAGGGUAUUACCUUCUAUCAGACUCGGACAUAAUGUAUUGUAUUUCACCUUACUGUCGCUUUGUUUCGAUUGUUUCCCUCUCCACUUAUGGAACUAUCCAUUUUGUAACGGUACUGAACGAAGUGUUUACGCCAAACGAUGUAAUAAAAUUAUUGAUCUCGUAGGUAAAACUUGAUUUGCAUAACGGCGUUUCGUGAUAUUAGUUAAAGACAUCAUUAAUUAUAAUUGUGUAUGCCAUAUAUAAAAAGGUAUUAUGUAGACUAUGUUUCAACGAGCUUUUGUCAUUAGCCCGGUAUACGGAAUGUAUGGACAAUUACAAUAUGUGUGUAUUUAAAAGAUAAUUGGAAAUAGCAUAAUAGAAGUGUAUAAACUGUUUCCAGUAAAUUAAUUAUCUAAGUUUCUCUAGUCACAAUGCUCGUUUCGAUAAAAUUUUCGGUUAUUUACUAUAGUUAGAGUAUGAAAUACAUUUGCAUUGUACAUGAAAUUAAAGUUGAAUGACCCCGUGCUUCGAUUAGGCGUGGGCGCAGCACUAGUGAGGCGCCCCGCAUCGCUGCGAAUCCAUCUCUAAUUAACCAUCGUGUUGCCUAGAUAAACAAAACAUUUGUAUAAAGGAUCAGUCAUUACCAGUUCAAAUAAUCACAUGCUCACCGUCCAGCAGUCUUUGGAGAGUAACCAGUGAACACAGAGACCAGGAGGCCAUCAACCACCAAUGCGAAAGAAGUCCAAAUUAAUUCAGUUUGUAUCUACUCGGAAUCUUGCCAAUCUGUGUUAAUCUACCAUUUCACUAUGAGUUCAUACUUACCCAUCUACGGUGCACACUGCUGUUAUGUUUUAUAGACUUUUUAUAGGAAUUUGGUACUUGAUUUUUGUACUGUAUUUUAGGAGAUGACAAUAUAACAACGUCCCAAAUUGUAUUCCAUAUAAGUAUUGUUAUGAGGGCCGCCGGCAGAUUGCCUUCAAAAAGCACAUAUAACAAGUAUCAAGGAAGACACAUGGAGAAUUCAGUACCGAUAAAUAUCCUACGACUGCUAAGGUCACGGACUAUCAAAGGCACAAA